UUGUGUGUGUGUGUGCAAGGCAGGGGAAAAAGUCGCUCCAUUUUUCUCGUGCUCUCUUGCGUACGUUUGGCUUUGCUAAACAAUUAGAUGGCGAAUCGUAUAAAUAUUAAAAUAGUGUUUGCCUGACUUUUAUGUAGGAAGCAAACACACAAAUCCACAAAAACGCGCCGCAUAAGAAGUGUAAAAUCGCAUACAUAUACCCGACUAUAGAAAUUGGCCAAUCGCUGGUCUKCGUGUGUGUGUGUAACUGUGUAUGUGCGCGCGUGUGUGUAAGUGAGCAAUGAAAAAUGAGGCGUAGGUGAGGAAUAUGUGUGCAAAAUUGUCGAAAAGCCUGUUAUGACAUGCUAAUCGCAGGGUCGGCCAUAAGGUGUACAUUCAACAGCGCUACCAUCCCACAAAAAGAGGCAAACAAACAUAUUUUCAAUGUGCGCGCGCCAAAUGACAGCUGACGAUCGGUUAAAUAGAAUUUGACUAUAAGUUAAACAAGAAAGAAAAGAUCAAGAUCAGAUAAAUUAAACAAAAAACUAUUGUUGUUAGUUGUCGUAGGCGUAACAUUAGCAAAAUACGUCAACCAUAAUUUACAAAAAUUGUUAGAAAUUUGUGGGGAAAAUGUGCAAAAGUGUGUUUGUUAAAUUGUUAGCCAAAAUUAUUUGUUUACCUAGUACUACAUAGAACGUAACUGCCUUUCUUUAUCCAACAAGAGCAACAAUAAUAACAAAGAUAUUUCGACGCACCGGACAAGCGAGCGAGCACUUAAAUUAAGAUAAACAGUAAAUAUAUAAUACAGCUGCAUUCAACAAUAGCCAACAACAACAACAAYAUUUAACAAAUAACAAAUCACCAAGGAAAUGCUCAAAUUGAAUACCUAAAUGUCAAGCGACAGCAGCACUGAUGCCACAGCAACAAACAACAACAACAACAACAACAACAACAACAACGUCAACAUCAACAAGAACAGUAGCAAUAAUUACAAUAAUAAUUACAGUAUGCAGCGACGCGAACGACAAGCGAGUGGCGGCGGUCCACAGACAACAACUGCCGGUCCAUCCGCUGGUAAUGUAGCAAAUGCUACCAUUGCCGGUGGUAAGAGCACAAGCAAUAACAUGUAUUCCACCCGCCAAUCUGUAAGCACCACAACCGGUGUGCUCAUGGUCGGACCAAAUUUUCGUGUCGGUAAAAAAAUUGGCUGUGGUAACUUUGGCGAAUUGCGUUUAGGAAAAAAUCUUUACAACAAUGAACAUGUAGCAAUAAAAAUGGAGCCUAUGAAGUCGAAGGCUCCACAACUACACUUAGAGUAUAGGUUUUAUAAGCUAUUAGGAUCACAUGCCGAAAACGCCCCAGAAGGCAUACCACGCAUUUAUCACUUGGGCACUUGCGGUGGCCGUUAUAAUGCCAUGGUUUUAGAGUUAUUGGGAUUAUCAUUAGAAGAUCUCUUCAAUAUUUGCUCCCGUAAAUUUUCACUUAAGACUGUAUUGAUGAUAGCGAAACAACUUCUCCACCGGAUCGAAUAUGUUCAUAGUCGGCACUUAAUUUAUAGAGAUGUAAAACCAGAGAAUUUUCUCAUUGGCAGAACAUCAACAAAACGUGAAAAAAUUAUACACAUAAUUGAUUUCGGUUUGGCCAAAGAAUAUAUUGAUUUAGAUACAAAUAGACAUAUACCAUAUCGGGAGCAUAAAUCCCUGACGGGCACCGCUCGCUAUAUGUCGAUCAACACGCAUAUGGGGCGCGAGCAGUCGAGGCGCGACGAUCUGGAGGCUCUGGGUCAUAUGUUUAUGUACUUCUUAAGAGGAUCACUGCCCUGGCAAGGCCUUAAGGCUGAUACACUCAAAGAGAGAUAUCAAAAAAUCGGUGAUACAAAACGUGCAACACCUAUAGAGGUACUUUGUGACGGCCACCCCGAAGAGUUUGCAACAUACUUGCGUUAUGUGCGGCGGUUAGAUUUUUUCGAAACACCCGACUAUGAUUUUCUGCGAAGACUGUUUCAAGACUUAUUCGAACGUAAGGGCUAUACCGACGAGGGCGAAUUUGACUGGACAGGGAAAACUAUGUCAACGCCCGUCGGAUCUCUGCAAACUGGCCAUGAAGUCAUCAUUUCACCAAAUAAAGAUCGUCAUAAUGUUACGGCUAAGACAAAUGCCAAAGGAGGUGUUGCUGCGUGGCCGGACGUGCCCAAGCCGGGUGCGACCCUUGGCAAUCUGACACCCGCCGAUCGGCAUGGUUCAGUGCAGGUUGUGAGUUCGACAAACGGCGAACUGAAUGCGGACGAUCCCACGGCCGGACACUCCAAUACGCCCAUCACCCAGCAGCCGGAAGUAGAGCUUGUCGAUGAAACAAAAUGUUGUUGUUUCUUUAAACGAAAGAAGAAGAAAUCAACGCGCCAAAAAUGACUAGAAGGUGUACAAUGUAGUCCAGAACGCGAGGCAGUCACAUUGCUGCGCGCCACUUCACAUUCAAACUCACGGGAUAGCGUAUUGAAUAAUCCGAGUCAGGAUUACAUCCAACAGGCAACGUCGCAGCACACGUUGCGUUAUCCUCCAUCCGCGUCGAUGUUGACGCCAACACCAACUACAAAUACACCGACACUUCCGUUGUAAUUUAUAUAAAUACAGAAACCAGCAAAUAGA